AUGAUUGCAAGCAAUGAAAUGACACGACGAACAAGUAAUCGGAUUCGGAAGACGAAACAAACAUACAGUCCACCCGCUGAUGAUAACACUUCAUUUAAUAUUCCAUCUACAUCGAAAAAAAUUCGACAAGAAUCUCGCAAUAUUUCCUUAGACAAUUCAAAAUCGUUGUCUGAAUUAAGCGCUAAAAAGGUUACGAAUGAUGAGGAACACGAUAGUAUAACAUUGAAUCAUAAUACUUUUUGGAAUUUUGCUACUACAUUGGGUCAUCCGAUCAUGCGUGAAAAAGUCGCUAAUGAUAAGGUAAUCACACUGUUACUGAAAGAAGUAUCCAGGGCAAUUCGUCACUUAAUUUUGGAAGCUAAAUUUGUCAUGCAAAAAGCCGAAAGACAAAAGCUCUUGUGCGACGAUUUAAACACAUGCAUCGAAAUGGAAAAUGGAAAGUUGCUGUUCGGUUUCAUGGAGGAUAAUAAAUGGCAAAAGAUUGGUGAUGUAUUUGUGCCUAGUGAUGAAGUUCUUGACUUAAGUUCGUGCUCUUCAAGUGUUCAACUAAAAACACUUGGCAGCAGGUAA